GGAGCCGCUCCAUAUGGCGAGGAAAUAAAAAAAUGUGAGGAAGACAUUAACGCUGUUAUGAAACGUGUUAAUGAACUAACAGGUAAUUUGAAUUUGACGUCAUAUUUGUCAGGCAUUAAGGAAUCGGACACCGGCCUCGCGCCGCCUGCUCUCUGGGAUUUGGUUGCAGACAAAGUUUGCUUAUCUAGCGACCAUCCUCUUCAGGUUGCCCGGUGCACAAAAAUAAUAAAUGCCGACUCUGAAGAACCAAAGUAUAUUAUAAAUGUUAAGCAGUUUGCCAAGUUCGUUGUUGACCUUGCUGAUACUGUGGCCCCUACUGACAUCGAGGAGGGCAUGCGCGUCGGUGUUCGCAAGUCGUGA